GAAUGUAAGGAUGUAUAGGGGUCUAAUUAAGUAAUGUGUUCAUAAACUUGUGUUCGCGAUGCGGUACAUAUUUCGAUGAAUGACUUGUUGAAGUUCACUAGACUGUUUGCCAUUAUGUCAAUGACCAUUAAUGUCAUUACAUUCGUUUAGCGUAAGAAUGAAUUUUUGUUCGUGACACGUCCAAAGAAGAUAAGACGGCGACAUUUGGUUUCAUAAGCAAAGCGGAAUGGGCUUUUCUACGAGUUUACAGGGACAGUCAUCACACGAGGCGUUACUCGCCCGUCAAGAUGCUGAGAUUAAGCUUCUCGAAACGAUGAGACGGUGCUUAACGAUUAAAGUUAAAUCAGAUCGUGAAUAUGCUUCGACGAUAUCUUCCCUGACGAUGCAGGGAAAAAAAAUCGAACGCAAUGAGGAUCUUGUUGGUAGUCUCAUAGCACAGAGUUGGAGAGAUAUUAUGGAUUCUAUUGAUCAGACUGCUAAAUUAAUCAAACAGCAAGCAGAUUCCAUUGAAGCUAUAGUAGUUGAACAUAUUGCCACAUUAUAUUCUGAAAGGAGACGUGCUAGAAAGUUGUAUCAAGAGGAGCAAACAUGGUUGAAUAAUCAAUUUCAUCAGUUAACUGAAGAUGUUGCCAGGAAGAAAUUGGAAUAUCAGAAGAAUUUAGAAAUGUACAAGCUGAUGAGAUCUCGCUUUGAAGAAUAUUACAUCAAGUCGGGCAGAGUUGGUAGAAAAUUGGACGAAGUAAGAGAAAAAUAUCAAAAUGCCUGCAGAAAACUUCAUCUUACACAUAAUGAAUAUGUGUUACUUUUGGGUGCUGUAACAGAAUGUGAACAUGACUUAAGAACUUGUUACUUACCAAGCUUACUUCAUCGACAACAAGCAAUUCACGAAGAAUUUAUAACAUCCUGGAAAACCGUACUUCAGAAUAUAGUGAAGUAUUCUGAUUUUACAACAGAUAAAUUUCAAGAGGUACACCUGCAAAUGCAAAAGGCUGUGGAUUCUGUAAAACCUGUAGAAGAAUAUAGGGACUUUAUAGGGAAGCACAGAACGCGACCAGUAUCACCGAUUAGAUUUACUUUUGACGAGAACCUCGUAGACGAUACUUCGGGGAAAUUGUUGCCAAAUAAAUUGACGGUAGAUAAUUUGACAAUAGAUUGGUUAAGGAAUCGGCUAACAGAAUUGGAAACUUCUUUGAAAGCAACUCAACAAAAUCGACAAAAUCCCCAAUACCCUUCAGAGAAUAAUAGCGAAUCUAAGAAGAAUAUUGUAUUGUUGUUGUAUUUCUGUUCGUAUUGUAAGUAUUUAUUUCAACGGCAAGUAGACGUUAUUAGAGCGGCUUUAAAUGAAUUAGGUUGUGAAGAAUUACCUCUUGGAUAUGAUCUUUCCAUGGAAAGUUCUUAUGCCGAUUCACCCUCUAUUAGCAAGAAAAAUACAGUUGCAGACAUUGGUCUGUUUACAUUACGAAGGAAUCAACGAUUUAUGACAAUAUUUAGGUGUCCCUUCAAAUCUUUACCGCUAAUAAACGACACAAAAGAUGGAACGAUUAGAUCGGGUAGCGAAGGUCCUACCUCAAAAGCAGAUAAUACUCUACCAGUUGUACCAUUCCGCGGAAGUUCCCAUUUAACGACUAAUCAGAAGGGAAAUGGAAACGGGGAUCUGAUGGAAGAGGAAUGGUUUCAUGGUGUACUGCCGAGGGAAGAAGUUGUGAGAUUGCUCGUGACUGAAGGAGACUUUUUAGUACGUGAAACAACGAGAAACGACGAAUGCCAAAUCGUUUUAUCCGUCUGCUGGGAUGGGCAUAAGCAUUUUAUUGUGCAAACCACACCUGAAGGACAUUACAGAUUUGAAGGUCCAACAUUUCCAUCGAUUCAAGAGUUAAUCGGUCACCAAUGGUUAUCCGGAUUACCUGUAACCAGUCGAUCUGGAGCUAUUCUAAAAACACCAAUUUUACGUGAACGUUGGGAACUUAACAACGAUGAUGUAAUUCUUCUAGAAAAGAUAGGACGGGGUAACUUUGGAGAUGUAUAUAAAGCGCAAUUGAAGACCUGUAAGACUGAGGUAGCUGUGAAAACCUGCAAAGUAACAUUACCAGACGAGCAAAAGCGUAAAUUCAUGCAAGAAGGACGAAUAUUGAAACAAUAUGAUCAUCCGAAUAUAGUAAAGCUUAUUGGAAUUUGCGUUCAAAAGCAACCCAUUAUGAUUGUUAUGGAACUGGUACCCGGUGGUUCUUUGUUAACUUAUUUACGAAAAAAUGCCAGUACCAUUACGCAACAAGAACAACUUCGAAUGUGUAAAGAUGCAGCUGCAGGUAUGCGCUAUUUGGAAUCUAAAUAUUGUAUUCAUAGAGAUUUAGCUGCUCGAAAUUGCCUCGUUGGGUACGAAUCGAUAGUAAAAAUAUCAGACUUUGGAAUGUCGCGGGAAGAAGAGGAGUACAUUGUUUCACAUGGUAUGAAACAGAUUCCAAUUAAGUGGACCGCACCGGAGGCAUUAAAUUUCGGUAAAUACACAUCACUUUGUGAUGUGUGGAGUUACGGAGUCUUAAUGUGGGAGAUAUUUUCUAAAGGUGGAAAUCCGUACAGCGGAAUGACUAAUUGUCAAGCUCGCGAAAAAAUAGACGCAGGUUAUCGGAUGCCAGCGUCAGAAAAUACACCCGACGAAAUAUACCGUUUAAUGUUACGAUGCUGGGAAUACGAGCCAGAGAAACGUCCUCAUUUCGAUCAAAUUUAUACUGUUGUCGAGACAUUGUCUCAAGCAUAUUUAUAA